CUGCCUCGUGUUGCUUCCAGUUGUCCUGGGGGAUUUCUGGAUUUGGGAGCCUUCUCGGGCCCUUGGCUGCUGACUGGGGUUUGGGGUCAGACCCAAAGCUGGAACCCAGGGCUCCGAGGCUGUGUUCCGGUGCUGCAGUGACACCGUGACACUCUGGGCCUCAGCUUCAUUCUCCACACACAGGGCCACAGCGAGGGGCUGGAGUGCGAGCAGUUCGGUGUGACAGGAACACAGGAGACCGAUGACACAAACCCGCCAAGGGCUCUGCCCAGGAAGGGGAAAGGGCUGGGAGCAGAGCACCGGGAAAGGGGAGGCGGGCAGGCCUGGCACCUGGCACGCAGGGGCUUCCGGUGAUUCACCCUGGGAAGGCUGGGGACCCCCUGGCUGUCCGAGGAGCCGCCGGGUGUCCAGUGAGGGCGAGGGUGCCUGUCAUGGGCGUGCUUUCGCAGGCACAGUGGCUGCCGCUGGGCCCGAGAGAUGGGUGCUGUCCCGGGCGCCCGCCGCCCUGGCAGGGGCCGAGCACGCUGCAGCUUCACAAGAGCCUCGGCGACGGCUUUGGCUUCACCCUGCGGCAUUUCAUCGUGUACCCCCCAGAGUCGGCUGUGCACUGCAGCCUGAAGGUACGGGACGGAGGCUGGGGGGGAGGUGGCCCCUCCCCGCGGCACCGCCUGGAGCCCAUGGACACCAUCUUUGUGAAGAAUGUUAAGGAUGGUGGCCCUGCACACAGGGCGGGACUCCGUACAGGAGACCGGCUGGUGAAGGUGAACGGGGAGAGUGUCAUCGGGAAGACCUACUCCCAGGUCAUAGCGCUGAUCCAGAACAGCGACGACAUCCUGGAGCUGUCCAUCAUGCCCAAGGACGAGGACAUCCUCCAACUGGCCUACUCCCAGGAUGCCUACCUGAGGGGGCAGGAGCCCUAUUCCGGAGAGGCCCGCAGCAUCCCCGAGCCGCCCCCGCUCUGCUACCCCCGGAAGACCUACGCCCCACCGGCCCGGCUGUCGGCCUGGGCCACUGUGGUGUCUGAGCCCGCCUCGGCCCUGCCUGCCGCCUUGAGCCAGCUGGACCAGGAGAGCUGGCACCGGGCAUGCUCGGAGGACUAUUUGGGCCGGGCCACCCGCUCUGCCGAGGCCCUGGGACCAGGCGUAUUGGGGUCACCCCGCUUCGAGCGCUGUGGCUGGGCCUCCCAGCAUCCUGCUGCCCGCGUGACUGCCUGCCCUACUCAGGACCUGCCAGGGGCUCAGGCACCUCCUGCGCCCGGCCUGCAGGGCCUGGACGACAUCGGGUACAUGGGCUACCGCAGCUACAGCCCGUCCUUCCAGCGCCGGACUGGCCUCCUGCACGCGCUGUCCUUCCGGGACUCGCCCUUUGGGGGGCUGCCCACCUUCAGUCUGGCCCAGACCCCCACACCGUUCCCACCUGAGGCCUCUGAACCGCCCAGGGUGACGAGGCCUGAGCCCAGCGCCCGGGCCGUGGGGCCCCCAGCCGAGGACGCCCACGAGGAGGUGGUCCUGAGGCAGAAGCCGCCCACGGGCCGCAAGGGCCACCCGGGCCCCGCCCGACAGAUGAACAUCGGACUUGGGGAUGGGGUCCCGGAGCCAGAGGUCGGCGCCAGAGUAGAGCACCCGGGCAGGAGGGUGGCCCCUUUGGCCACCACUGAGGACUCGCUGGCUUCCAUCCCCUUCAUCGAUGAGCCCACCAGCCCCAGCACUGACCUCCAGGCCAAGCACGUCCCUGCCUCUGCCGUGGUCUCUAGCGCCAUGAACUCAGCCCCUGUCCUGGGCAGCAGCCCGACCUCACCGACCUUCACCUUCGCCCUCAGCCGCCACUACUCACAGGACUGCAGCAGCAUCAAGGCCGGGCGCCGCCCCUCCUACCUGCUGGCCAUCACCACGGAACGCUCCAAGUCCUGCGACGACGGGCUCAACACCUUUCGGGACGAGGGCCGGGUCCUGCGGCGCCUGCCGAGCCGUGUGCCCAGCCUGCGGGUGCUCCGGAGCUUCUUCACUGACGGGUCCCUGGACAGCUGGGGCACCUCAGAAGAUGCUGACGCCCCUUCGAAGCGCCACUCCACCUCUGACCUCUCGGACGUGGCCUUCAGUGAUGUCAGGAGAGAGGGAUGGCUGUCUUACAAGCAGGUCCUCACCAGGAAGGGGAAGGUAAGGUGGGGGGAGGACGCAGCGGGAGGGUGGCGGUUGGGUUUUGCAGCUGCCAUGCCUGCCCCGCGGCCGCUGGGAGUGGAAGGAAAGGCGGGCUCACACACAUACAAACGCUUCCUACUCUGUAGAGAGACCUUCUCUGCUAAGAAUACAGGCCAUGCCAGGAAUGACCAGAACUCAAAACCCAAAGCUUCAUACCACAUCCCUUUGCCACCAGCAGAUGGAGCCAUCAUCAAUGGCAGACUAAGGAGCGAACAGCGUGAAGAGCUUCGGCGCGGGAGCCGGGCAGGAUGGGCACCCGGGCCGCGGGCACUGACACGGCGCCUCUCUCUCCUGCCCCAGGACCCUGGCUGUGCCAACCAAGCUCUGAUCAGCAAGAAGCUUAACGAUUACCGCAAAGUGAGCCAUGGCUCCGGGCCCAAAGCCGAUGCCUCCCCCAAAGUCUCUCGGGGGCUGGGGGGGCUCAAGUCCGAGUUCCUGAAGCAGAGUGCGGUGCGCAGCCUCAGGACCCAGGAGCCCGCGGGGAGCAAGGACGACAGUGUGGCCACCCCCAAAACCGCCUGGGGCAUCAAUAUCAUCAAGAAGACCAAGAAGGCUUCCCCGCGGGCCUUCGGGGUGCGGCUGGAGGAGUGCCAGCCUGCUGCGGAGAACCAGCGUGUGCCUCUCAUCGUGGCCGCCUGCUGUCACGUCGUGGAGGCCCGGGGGCUGGAGUCCACCGGCAUCUACCGCGUGCCCGGCAACAACGCGGUGGUGUCCAGCCUGCAGCAGCAGCUCAACCGCGGGCCCGGCGACAUCAACCUGCAGGAUGAGCGCUGGCAGGACCUCAAUGUCAUCAGCAGCCUGCUCAAGUCCUUCUUCCGGAAGCUUCCCGAGCCUCUGUUCACCAACGACAAAUACAGCGACUUCAUCGAGGCCAAUCGCAUCGAGGAUGCCAGGGAGCGGAUGAAGACGCUGCGGAAGCUGAUCCGUGACCUCCCAGGACACUACUACGAGACACUCAAGUUCCUCGUGGGCCACCUCAAGACCAUCGCGGACCACUCGGAGCAGAACAAGAUGGAGCCCCGGAACCUGGCCCUGGUCUUUGGGCCGACGUUGGUGAGGACAUCUGAGGACAACAUGACAGACAUGGUGACGCACAUGCCCGACCGCUACAAGAUCGUGGAGACGCUGAUCCAGCAUUCAGACUGGUUCUUCAGCGAUGAGGAGGGCAAGGGCGAGAGAACCCCGGUGGACGACAAGGAGCCCCAGUCGGUGCCCAACAUCGAGUACCUGCUGCCCAACAUCGGCAGGACGGUGCCCGCCAGUGACCCAGGCUCAGAUUUUGUCACCUGCAGUUCAGCCAAGUCCAAGGUAGGUGCCCCCGGGUUGUGGGAAAUUAGGGCCCAGAGAGUCGAGGAUCUCUGGGAAGGAAGGUGGGGAAAUCUGGCCUGGGAGUCUCGGGUGAGGUCCUGGGUUCAAGUCCUGACUCCGUUACUUAGCAGUUUCAGGACACUUUGCAAGUUAUUUAACCUCCUCCUCCUCCUCCUGAUCUUCAGCUUCAUCUGUAAAAUGGGGACAGCAGCUGUGUCUGAUGUGACAAAAAUUCUUUAAUGCUUUUGGGAACCCUUAAGCAAGUGAAGGGCAGGACAUAGGAAGAUAAGAGUAAAAUACAUGAAAUGGAAAACAAAUGACAAAAAUCAUUGAAACCAAAGCUGGUUCUUUGAAAAAAUAAAUAAAACUGAUGAAGUUCUAACCAGUCUGGCAGAAUAAAAA